AUGGUCACCCGAAAAACCCACCCACUAUUCAAAAUUGCCAACAAUGCACUAAUUGAUCUCCCCGCCCCAUCUAACAUCUCCGCAUGAUGAAACUUCGGCUCCUUACUAUUAUUAUGUCUUAUAGCACAAAUCCUAACAGGGCUCUUCCUGGCUACACACUACACCUCAGACAUCUCAACUGCCUUUUCAUCCGUCGCCCACAUUUGCCGAGAUGUAAAUUACGGAUGGCUCAUCCGCAACCUCCAUGCUAACGGGGCCUCUUUCUUCUUUAUCUGCAUCUACCUGCACAUUGGGCGGGGCCUAUACUACGGCUCCUACCUUUAUAAAGAAACUUGAAACAUUGGAGUAAUCCUUUUAUUACUAGUAAUAAUGACCGCAUUUGUAGGCUACGUACUGCCAUGAGGACAAAUAUCAUUCUGAGGCGCCACAGUCAUUACAAACCUCCUAUCAGCUGUGCCCUACAUAGGAAACGCCCUCGUACAAUGAAUCUGAGGGGGGUUCUCUGUAGAUAAUGCAACACUAACCCGAUUCUUUGCAUUUCACUUCCUAUUGCCAUUCGCAAUCAUCGCAGCAACACUACUACACGCCCUGUUCCUACAUGAGACAGGCUCUAAUAACCCAGUCGGACUAAACUCUGAUGCAGACAAAAUCUCCUUCCACCCAUACUUUUCCUACAAAGACCUUCUAGGCUUUGUUUUCCUCAUCGUGGCCCUCGCAUCACUAGCCCUUUUCUCCCCUAAUCUCCUCGGCGACCCAGAAAAUUUUACCCCCGCCAACCCCCUAGUAACCCCUCCCCACAUCAAGCCCGAAUGAUAUUUCCUAUUUGCUUACGCCAUCCUACGAUCAAUUCCCAACAAGCUCGGCGGAGUUCUAGCACUACUCCUCUCCAUCUUAGUACUUAUAGUUGUUCCCCUCCUACACACCUCUAAACAACAAGGCCUCACUUUCCGCCCCCUCUCCCAACUACUAUUUUGAACCCUAGUAGCAGACGUGGCUAUCUUAACCUGAAUCGGCGGAAUACCUGUUGAACACCCAUUCAUCAUCAUCGGGCAAGUCGCUUCCGUACUGUACUUCUCCCUAUUUCUAAUCUUUAACCCAUUAAUAGGCUGAUUAGAAAACAAAACCAUUAAUUUCAAAU